GACCUCUUUCUCCUCAGGCCUGGCUCCAUGACAGAGCAGGAGAGGCUGCGGCGGCUCCUGAGGCUGGUCCAGGAGGGGAACCUGUCUCUCCUCCGGGAUGAGCUGAGGCUGGAUGAGAUUCCAGAGGCUCGCAGCUGGCGCUGGGGACGUUUGGGAGAUUCCCUCCUGCACCACGCAGCUCGCUCGGGACACCGGGAUGUGCUGGAAUUCCUGGUCCAGGAGGUUGGGAUGGAUGUGGAGGUGGCCAAUGGAGACUACAAGAGACCCCUCCAUGAGGCUGCUUCCAUGGGACAUCAGGAAUGUGUGUCCUUCCUCCUGGAGAGAGGGGCGAGCGUGGACUGCUUGAAAAAGGCUGACUGGACUCCCCUGAUGAUGGCUUGCACCAGGAAAAACUUGGAAGUGAUCAAAACCUUGGUGGAGCACGGAGCCAACCCGUUGUUGAGGAACAAGGAUGGCUGGAACUGCUUCCACAUUGCCAGCAGGGAAGGGCAUCCCGAGGUGCUCCGCUACCUCCUGCAUGUGUCCCCAAGCUGCUGGGACACGGAGAGCACCACGGGGAGAACGCCUCUGCACACAGCAGCGAUGCACGGCUGUUCCCAGGUGGUGGAGCUGCUCCUGGAACGGUGCCAGUACAAAGCUGACAGCAGGGACAGCUGUGGGGUCACUCCCUUCAUGGAUGCCCUCCAGAACGGGCACGUCGGCAUCGCCCGGCUGCUGCUGGACAAACACCAGGCCUGUCCCACAGCUGUGGAUGCCCUGGGUGCCCAGGCCCUGCACAGGGCAGCUGUGACAGCCCAGGAUGGCUCCAUCCAGUUCCUGGUGGCCGAGCUGGGCGUGGAUGUCAACGGGACAGCGACGUCCCUGCAGCUGCCAGCCCUGCACUACGCAGCCAAGGAGGGACAUGGCCACACCAUCCAGACCCUGCUGUCCCUCGGGGCUGAUCUCCAGGCCAAGGACAGGAAGGGCCGUUCUGCCCUGCACGUGGCCAGCGCCGGGCAGCGCGCGGGGGCCGUGGGGAUCCUGCUGCGGGCCGGGCUCCAGGAUGCUCCUGACGCCACGGGAACGCUGGCCCAGCAGCUGGCCAGGAGCCCUGAUGUCAUCCAGCUCCUCCAGGGAACACCAGGCAGCACCUGAAGAGGAGGAGUCCGCUCCUUUUCCACGUGCUCCCUGAAACAGAACCAGCCAAGGGAAGUGUCACUUCCAGGGAUCCUCGUGGCUUUUCCUGAGAAUUUCCCCACCCUGAACAUCCCCAUGCAGAAGAUCCACCUGGAUCAUGGAUUUCCUAGCUCUUCAUGGACCUGCUCUCCACUAAUCCCUUAAACUGCUUUAAUUUGCAAGUUAAUUUUUAAUUUGACCUCUUUGGGUAGGACAGAAACUCCUGAAGCUGCUUCAACCUUUUGAAUCCUUUUUGUGGCCCACAGCUGAUCCCAACACCUGCAGGAAUCUGUAGUGGGACCUCAGCCUUGUGAGGACACCAGGGAUCUCUGGAUCAGACUAAAGUAAGGAGGUGUUUUAUCCCAGACUGGAAUGCUGGGAAUUCCCAGCACUGAUGAACUUUAAAUCCCAACAAUCUGCUCUUGGGAGCCUGGAAUACCC